UUAAACCUGACGUCAGCAGGCACGAGCUUUAAUAACAUCACCAGUCCCAGACCCAGACAGUGGUCCUCGCGGAGGAGAUGACAACUAGAAGAAGAUUGCCUGGGACUUGUGGAGUGCGAAAUAUUUUGUUUUUAGUAAAGGAAUACUUCUGGGUUCAAUGAAUUUACAAUUCCUAACCAGUGAUGAGCUGGCUGCUAAAGUGGAUUCUUAUAGCAGCAGGGAUUCAACAGGCCUACUCCCAGACCCAGAAUUCCACUGCCAUGCUGCCCCUAGCAGAAUCCACGGACCUAGAGCCAUACAACCGGACCCAGUACUGCCACUGGCCCUGUGAGUGCCCCCUGGUCCCCCCUUCCUGCCCUUCAGGGGUGAGCUUGCUCAUGGAUGGCUGUGACUGCUGCAAGGCCUGUGCCAGGCAGGUGGGGGAGGAGUGCAACGAGGCAGACACUUGCGACUACCAUAAGGGACUGUACUGCGAUUACAGCUCAGACAAGCCUAGGUACGAAAAAGGAGUGUGUGCAUAUAUGGUUGGCACGGGCUGCGAGCAUGACGGUGUGAUCUACCGGAAUGGGCAGAGCUUCAAACCCAGCUGUAAAUACCAGUGUCUGUGUGUGAACGGGGCCAUCGGGUGCGUGACCCUGUGUACGGACUCCCAGCCUCCCCGGGUGUGGUGCCAGAACUCAAGGAGGGUCAAGAUCCCCGGACGCUGCUGUGAACAGUGGAUCUGUGACGAGCCCAAGAAGGGGAAGAAGACUGCUCCAAGACAUGCAGUGGAAGGUAGGACACAGAUCCAACAAUCCUUGGUUGCAACACUCACUAACUAGUUCCAAACUGCCUCUGCAAGCAGCAUCAGCACAAAA